AUGCCAGCUCGGAGAAACAGGUCCGCAGCGGCCUGUGUGUAUUGUCGACAGAAGAAGUUGAAGUGUGACGCGCAGAAACCACAGUGUGGUAAUUGUCUAGCUAAGGGUGUCAGUUGCCAACUAGGAGUCACUCAAAGUAAACCAAGACCAACGAACAACCGAAUUGCUGAAUUGGAGCUAGAGAAUGAAGCUCUAAGAAAGCAAUGUGCUCAGCUGAGCUCUGGAACCGUCGUUCGCCCUGGCAGACCCCAUUCAGAGACAGAUCGCUCUGUUACGGCAGCCAGCACACCGCGAACUCCAUUGCCUUCUUCGAGGGUUGGGGGCAUUGGCCUUUCACGAAACGAUUUUACCUCUGAUCUGGUUAGAGAUGCGUCACAUCCAGAACUCCCGGAAAAUGACCACCGAAACACAUCCUUGUAUCACGGUCCAACUAGCACAGUCUACGAUGAUACAAGUGCAAACCAUAUUGAGCAAAAUAGGCUCGGUGGUCAAUCUAACCAGGAAGCAACGCGGCAUUUUUUGUUUUCUCAAACAGCAAGACAGAGACAGCUAGAGCCGCUGAAUCUCGCUGCAGGGAAGCUUGACUUUGAUGACGUUGAUCCUGAGAUUGGUAUGCAUCUUCUUUCGAUCUACUGGAGCCGCCAGCUUUACACGGCACAGAUCAUAUAUCGACCAGUAUUUAUGAGAGAUAUGGCCUGCCAGGGGCCAUAUUUUUCUAAGUUGUUGCUGAACGCCAUUUUCUUUGUGGUCUCAAAGCACUGCCCUCGACUAGAGCUCCGAUCCGACCCAAACGACCCAAGUACGGCAGGAUGGAAGUUUCGCCAACGUUUUACUCAACUGCUGCGAGAUUGCUUUGAUAAAAGCGAGAUAACAACACUCCAGGCAUUGCUCAUUAUGUCCAAUGCGCUGUUUUCCAGAUGCGACGAGCGAAGUUUGUCAUGGCUGUAUGCCGGUAAUGCAUUCAAUAUGUUUAUUGAUCUUGGUCUCCACGUGCUGCCUACAGUGGACAGCAUCUCAGCCGAGGAGCUGGAAAUCAGAAAGAGAGUCCUGUGGGGAGCAUACCUGAUUGAUAAAAUACAAUGCCUUUUCCAAGGAAGGCCCAUACUUCUCAGCCACGUCAAUAUGAAAGCCUCGAUGGAUUUUCUAGAUGACUAUGAUGAGUUGGAGCCGUUUCAAGAUAUUUCAUACAUGGCCACCAAGCCCCAAUGUGCGGUUCCUUCUCUCAACGUGUCUUUGCUCACUAAGCUCUGUGAGUUGACAACCAUUGUCGAACGUAUUCAACGCGAGAUCUACUCUGAGUCUCGUGAAUCAACCUCGGCCAAUAGGGCCACAGUGUCAGAGGACAUCAAGUCGCAGUUACGGAUCUGGCGUCAAAGCCUCCCACUUCAACUUGACUAUCUCUCAGCCCCAGCCCAGGCUGUACUCCUACCUCAAUCCACCUGUCUGCUCGCCCUGUUCAAUGUGCUAGUCAUCCUCGUACAUCGUCCACUGAUUACCGGUGGCCAGAGCGGCGUGAUAAACCCGGCAACUGCUCACGAAUCGGUAAAUGCAUGUACAGCCGCCGCCAAUCAAAUCAUGCAGAUUCUUCACGAUUACUCUCAGCAUUUCUCUCUCAGCACAGCACCAUACAUGCUCUCGUAUGCCACAUACAUUAGUGCAACAAUCCAUGCACGGAUAGUCGCACAGAAAGGAAGCAACUCAUCUGUGUUCCAAUCCCUGGUCUUGUGUCGCAGCAUUCUUACUGAGCAUACACGUCUCUAUGCAGCGGCAGGAAAAGCAAGCGAGAAUCUUGACAAGUUGAUAUCUCACCUGGGAAUAAGUACUGAUGAGAACGACCAGGCUGUGGACACCAACCAAAGCCUCCCAAGGGAGAAUCUUGUCAUGGAGGCAUCCGCAAACCUCCCCGGAGAACUGGGUCUGACAGAGCGUGCCUCGGAGUUUAGUUCAUCUUUGAUGAACCUGGAACUAUCGGACCUUGACCUUGAAGCUAUAGCCCAAGGUUUUCAAGUCGACGUCGAGUCACAUGCAUUCUGGCACUCAUUAGGGGUGUAA